GUAACGAUGGUGAAAAAAUCGGCCAACGGCGAAGUUUAUCUCCUCCCGGCAGGGGAAAAGAAACUUAAAGUCGGCUUUGUGGGACUGGACCCCGGGGCUGCGGAGACGAGCCGAGACGGGGCAUUUCUUAUCGCCGGGUCCGAGAACAUAAAUCGGGGCAGCAUCCUGUGCAGACCGCGGUCCAGCAUCUCCAGGGGGAGCACAGCUCGCAAAAGAAACGCACGCUAUCGCAGACUACAAAAUUUCCUUUAUAAUGCGUUGGAAAGACCCCGUGGCCUGGCGUUCGUUUACCACGCUUAUGUAUUUCUGUUGGUGUUUUCCUGCCUGGUUUUGUCUGUGUUCGCAACGAUCAAAGAAUUCAAAAAAAGCUCUGAGAGUGCCUUGUACAUCCUGGAAAUUGUGACGAUUGUGGUGUUUGGUGUGGAGUAUAUUGUGAGGAUAUGGGCGGCCGGGUGUUGCUGUCGCUACAGAGGAUGGAGAGGAAGGCUAAGAUUUGCGCGCAAACCCUUCAGUGUCAUCGAUAUCAUGGUCUUGUUUGCCUCAGUGUCUGUGUUGGCCGCUGGCUCACAGGGGAAUGUUUUUGCCACCUCUGCCAUUCGGAGUUUGAGGUUUCUUCAGAUCCUGCGAAUGUUGCGAAUGGACCGCCGCGGUGGUACAUGGAAGCUGCUGGGAUCUGUGGUAUAUGCCCACAGCAAGGAACUCAUUACUGCAUGGUAUAUUGGAUUCCUGUGUCUUAUUCUGGCAUCUUUCUUGGUGUAUUCAGUGGAGAAGGAUGACAAUGCAGCGAUGUUCGAGACCUAUGCAGACGCCCUCUGGUGGGGGUUGAUCACUCUUACAACUAUUGGUUAUGGGGACAAGUAUCCUGUCACAUGGAAUGGACGUUUGAUUGCUGCCACCUUCAGUUUGAUUGGUGUAGCAUUUUUUGCUCUUCCUGCAGGUAUCCUGGGUUCAGGUUUUGCUCUUAAGGUUCAAGAGCAGCACAGACAGAAACAUUUUGAGAAGCGUCGUAACCCUGCUGCAGGCCUUAUCCAGGCUGCUUGGAGAUUUUAUGCCACAAACCUCGCACGAACAGACCUACUGUCGACAUGGGACUUUUAUGAGCAGACUGUUUCAGUCCCAAUGUACAGACUCAUCCCUCCUGUAAAUCAACUGGACAUUUUAAGAAGCCUGAAGGGAAAAUCUGGUUUCAGGAAGGAUUCCCAACCAGACACCAUUCUAAGUCACAAGCCCAGCUUUAAAGAGAAAGGCUGUCCCAGCCCCUCUAAGCGCACCGGGGGGAAGGACAGCAAGACCGUUAAGGCAGAGGAGGGAGUCAAAGAGAGUCCAAGCAAAGUGACCAAGAGCUGGAGCUUCACAGACCGGAACCGACAAAAACAAGCCUUCAAAAUGAAAGAGGGAGCUUCACGGCAGAACUCUGAAGUGCUGAUUGAGUUGCAAGACGAAGACUUCAGCAUGAAGAGUUCUCCAGCGAUUGAGGGCUUAAUCAAGGCAAGUCUUCCAGAGGAGCUUGGGGAUGACAGGGGCUUCCACUGCGAGUUUGUACCAGAUCUGUCUCCUGGACUCAAGGUCACCAUCAGAGCAAUCUGUGUCAUGCGGUUCCUGGUGUCUAAGAGGAGAUUUAAGGAGAGCCUCAGGCCCUAUGAUGUGAUGGACGUGAUAGAGCAGUAUUCAGCAGGCCAUCUAGACAUGUUGUCACGCAUCAAAAACCUUCAAUCCAGGAUAGAUUUGAUUGUGGGUCCCCCUCCCCCCUCGACCCCUCGUCACAAGAAAGUGGAUCAGAUUGUGGGAAAAGGAGCCACAGCAGGAGAGAAGGACAAACCUAAGAGUGAUGCAGAGAUGGCUGAAGACCUUAGUAUGAUGGGACGUCUGAACAAGAUGGAAAAACAGGUAGGAGCAGUGGACCUUAAACUCAACUUUUUGGUCAGUGUAUACACCACACAUAUGGGCAUCCCACGUUCUGAGACCGAGGCCCUUCUGGGAUGUAAAAUGUCUUACCCAGCACCUCCCUACCUCAGCCCAGAUGACAAGAGUGAGAAAGCAUCGAAUGACCAAGAGGAGGAUAAUAAUAAUAAUAAGAGCUUGUCCCCUAUCAAACCUGGCCUAAAUAGGACCUCAACUGACAGCCAGUGUCGACCCUCUACCUCAUGGCACCAGCGGGAGGAGCUUCCUCUCAAUGUGCCUCUCUGGAACAACAGCCGAGGAGUGUCACCAAUAGGCACUGAUGACCCCUCGCUGUACCGCAUCCCACCUCCACCUUUACACGAGAGUGCGGAUAACAGCCGCUCCCGUAGGCCCAGGAGACCGAGGCAGCAGGCGGCCAUCGAAAGUGACACAUCCCUCUCCAUUCCCUCAGUGGACCAUGAAGAACUAGAGCAUUCUUUUAGUGGUUUCAGCAUUUCUCAGGCCAGGGAGGAGGAUUACGUUGCUCCUGUGAGUCUGGGGCAGUUUGGGGGAGGUGGAGGGGGAGUGCUGUGCACCCCUCUUAGGCCGUAUCUAGCCGAAGGAGAGUCAGAUACAGACUCUGACCUGUAUACACCUGUCUGAAUUAGUCUUGAGCUUUAUAGGAGCUUUUAUUGUGUGGACCAUUUAAACCCAUUGGAGGGAUGCUAUAUAAACGAGUCCUUUGCAAUCAGAAAAUGGAUAACGUAAAUCCCAUCUUGGGUGUGAGUACUGACUGCAUUGCUACAAUUGCAGUGGUGGCAGCGAGAGUGAAUAAAAAAUGUUAUGAUUUAAAGACCCCACACUCAGAGACCCUUAAAAUAACAUGGCAGAUAAGGAUGUUCGCACUCACAAAAGGAAAAGAUUGUGUGUAUUCAAUGGCAUGGAUCUUAACUAAAAAUCAAACAAGGCACCUCUUUUUUCUUAGUUUGUGAGGUCAACAAUGCAAUAUCAAAUGCACUUUACCUUACAAUAACUGUAAUUUUGCUUCAUGAGAUAUUUAUUUAUUUAUUUGAUAGUUUCAUUUUCUGAAAAGCAUUAUGAGACUGUUAUGAAAAUGAGUAGUUAAUCAGGGCUUGUGUUCAUUGUAAGCAUUUAAUGAAAGGUUUAAAUGGAAAGGCUCUUUUGGAGAAAAUUAUUUCAGCCUAUGAAAAAGACGAUGAGAAGCACUUGAUACAGUAGCUGUGCAUGCCUUACAGGUACAGUUUCCCUCUUAUAUUUCUUAUCUGUAGGAAGGGAGAGGAAUACAUUUUUAUAGCUACACUGGAAGUCAAAGCACUUUCUGAUAGAGACAUAAUAAAAAAAUAAGCAAUAAUAUUCGCAGAAGUCCCUGGUGAUGGUCAGAGGAGAAAUAUCCAUGCUAUUGUAUGUAGUCUGUUUUAUUUUUUUUUAUUUUUUUUUAGAAUUGGACCCUUGCACUAUAAUAUAUUUUAUGCUGUAGUGAAGAAGGCACUGAAUAAUAAUCAGACCUAAAAAUCGAUUAACUGCAUGGCAUGUUUAUGGAAUAUAGCUUGCUGAUGACAGCCUAACAAGAUGGCAUUCCAAUAAGAAAGGAAUAACGUUAAAAGAAUAUGUCCCUUUAACUGCAGUCAUAAUUUUUUCUUGGGUACAAACAGUGGAGGAGGAAUAUGUUGUUCCCCCAAGUAAAAAAAAGAAAAAAAAAAAAAGAAAAAAAAAGACAUACAAUGCUUUUUGAUUUUUGUCAUGUUUUAUUUAUUAAGGACAGUUUUAAUUUGCAAGCAAUGUAGGUGUCCUGUAAAGGGAAGAUACCACACACAUUCACAAAUGUAUUACUUUUCCAAGCAAAAGGUUACAGUUAAAAGUAUAAGUAAAACCUAUUUAUCUACUUACAUAGUCAUAGGUAAUAAGGAAUGACAAUGUUAUAAGACUUUUUAAAAGCAUUUAAAAGCAAACAUUACAAUAUUAGGUUGCAUCCUGUAAAGAAAUAAAGUUGGUUCUAUCUCAG